AUGGAGCGGUUAUCUCUAAAUGACAACCCUGCCAAUGCGCAGCAGCAGCAGCAGCGCAAUCCUCAACAGCAGCAACAGGUUCAGCAACAGAAUGCCCUCGGCCCAGCCGGUCAAAUGCCCACAUCGGGCCCUCCACAGCUCCCCCCGCAGAUGUUCACUACCGCCGCGCAACUACUGGAUCUGACAGAUAAGAAGCUAGUGCUUGUAUUACGCGAUGGCAGGAAAUUGAUCGGUGUAUUGCGAAGCUGGGAUCAAUUCGCGAACCUUGUUCUCCAAGAUACUGUCGAACGAAUUUACGCCGGAAGCCUCUACGCUGAUGUCCCGCGUGGGAUCUUCCUCGUGCGUGGCGAGAAUGUGCUCCUGUUGGGUGAAGUGGAUCUCGACCGUGAAGAUGAUAUCCCCUCUUCCGUACGACAGGCAUCAUUCGAGGAAGUGUUUGAGCUCAAGAAGAAGGAGGAUGCCCAGCGCAAGAACAGCGAUAAGAAGCGACACAAAGAACUGUCUGCCCUGGGAUUCGAACCAGAGCACAGCGGCGAGAUUCUCUUUUAG